AUGGCGGACGGAAUCGAUCGACGUGCUGAUGAGCGGAUGGAGUUCAGCACCUCUAAGGAGGUUACGGUGGCACCAACCUUUGAGGACAUGCACCUGAAGGAAAGCCUUCUUCGUGGUAUUUACGCCUAUGGUUAUGAGUCUCCUUCGGCCGUUCAGUCGCGUGCGAUUGUCCAAAUUUGCAAAGGUCGCGAUACCAUUGCGCAAGCCCAGUCUGGUACUGGUAAAACAGCAACCUUCUCGAUCAGUACUCUCCAGGUUAUCGAUACUGUACCCUGGUCCUCUCCCCCUACUCGCGAACUUGCAACUCAGAUUCAGUCCGUCGUCAUGGCCCUUGGGGAUUACAUGAAUGUCCAAUGCCACGCAUGCAUUGGUGGUACCAAUAUUGGCGAGGAUAUCCGCAAGCUGGACUACGGCCAACACGUUGUUUCGGGAACCCCUGGUCGCGUGGCCGAUAUGAUCCGCCGUCGGCACUUGCGCACACGUCACAUUAAGAUGCUGAUAUCUCCCCCGGCGACCCAAGUCGUGGUUGUUUCGGCUACCCUUCCCUACGAUGUUCUGGACAUGACCACCAAGUUCAUGACUGACCCCGUUCGGGUUCUGGUCAAGCGUGAUGAAUUGACCCUCGAAGGCAUCAAGCAAUACUUCAUUGCUGUUGAGAAGGAAGAGUGGAAAUUCGAUACACUCUGCGAUCUUUACGACACUUUGACCAUCACUCAGGCGGUGAUCUUUUGCAAUACACGGCGCAAGGUUGACUGGCUCACUGACAAGAUGCGCGAGGCCAACUUCACUGUUUCCAGCAUGCAUGGUGAAAUGCCCCAGAAGGAGCGUGACAGUAUCAUGCAGGACUUCCGCCAAGGGAACUCUCGUGUCCUUAUUUCUACUGACGUCUGGGCCCGUGGUAUCGACGUUCAGCAAGUGUCCCUGGUCAUCAACUACGAUCUGCCCACUAACCGUGAGAACUACAUCCACCGUAUUGGUCGCAGUGGUCGUUUCGGCCGUAAGGGCGUGGCUAUCAAUUUUGUCACCAGCGACGAUGUUCGCAUCCUUCGCGAUAUCGAGCUGUACUACUCCACCCAGAUUGAUGAGAUGCCUAUGAACGUUGCGGAUCUCCUUUCAUAA